ACCGGCAAGAACGUGGUUUCAAACCGAACAAAAAAAGCAACAAUCGAAGAAUGUCGCAACAGAACAAUACAAUAGUAAAUUCGAAUCUGAAGAAUCAAUCAAAAAGCGAAAGCGAGAAGAAGCUGGUGAAUCCAAAAAACCGAAGAAUAAAUAUGCCGGCAUGUCAAGGGCGAAAAGGCGUCGAAUGCAAAUAAAAGAGCAAGAUGAGAGUGCGGCCAAUAAAGCCUCAACUAUGAAAGCAAUUAAGUCUGCAAAAAAGGCAAGUAGGCCAACGAAAAUUAGUAAAAUAUUACCAAAAAAACCAUUGAAUGAACUAUCAAAGAAAAAAACCGGUAGAGCUAAGAAAUCUGGUAGUAAUGCAAUUUUUGAUAGUGAUUUAGCUGAUUCCACGAAAAAGAAAGCUUUCUCUAUUGUAUCAAAAACCAUUCCAAAUAAAAAGAAAUCUAAAAAGUGA